GGAUAUGCACUUGAAGUGCUAUAACCUACAGGGCUAUGGACCAAGAACUGUGAGGUCAGAUUAGUCUGAGUGGCUGCUUGGCAUGGAUACAAAUGGCUGAAUGGCUUUCUGCUGUAUUGUGUUUUGAAGGUGUACCAGUAUUUCUGAGGAGUGGCAGUUACUCUGUUUCAAGAAUGGCUGAAGUUUCAGACCUGGAGGAGCAAUUGGCACUGGUUGACAGUGAGAUGCAGGCCUUGGAGGUCCAGAUGCAGGAAUUGCUGGAGAGACAGCAGGUGCUGCAGGAAAGGAAGCAGCAACUAAAGAAGAAGAUAGAAAAACUGUCUGAGAAGAACGAGGGCGGAUCAAGCACAACAUCUAUAGAGGACUGGAGCAAGAAAGAUUUUUCAUGGUCACAGAAGGUUGAUGAGGCUUUGAAGAGCGUGUUUAAACUGCAAACCUUCCGACCAUUGCAGCUUCAGGCCAUCAAUGUUACAAUGGCAGGGAAGGAUAUAUUUCUGAUAAUGCCGACAGGUGGUGGGAAGAGCUUGUGCUACGAGCUGCCAGCUGUCUGCUCCACUGGAUUCACUCUGGUAAUCUGCCCAUUAAUCUCGUUGAUGGAAGAUCAACUAAUGGUCCUAGAACAAUUAGGCAUCCCAUCCACUAUGCUGAAUUCCAACAGCACCAAGGAGCAUAUAAAGUGGGUCCAUGACGAAAUGCUCAACAAGUCCUCCAAGUUGAAGCUCUUGUAUGUGACCCCAGAGAAGAUUGCUAAAAGUAAAGUCUUCAUGUCGAAGCUGGAAAAGGCGUACCACGCGGGAUGCCUAACCCGUUUUGCCGUAGAUGAAGUUCAUUGUUGCAGUCAGUGGGGUCAUGAUUUCAGGCCUGACUACAAGAGCCUCGGUAUCCUGAAACGUCAGUUCCCAAAUGCUCCAUUGAUUGGAUUGACAGCAACUGCAACAAGCAGUGUCUUGGAGGAUGUGAAAAAAAUCCUAUGCGUUCCCAAAUGCCUCACGUUUACAGCUUCCUUCAACAGACCCAAUCUGUUUUAUGAGAUCCGGAAAAAACCAUCAAGUUUUGAAGCCUGCAUCGAAGAUAUGGUCAGAAUCAUCAAUGGACGUUACAAAGGGAAAUCAGGAAUCAUCUAUUGUCUUUCUCAGAAAGAUACUGAGCAAGUCACCAUCAGUCUGCAAAAGCUUGGCAUUGAAGCUGGGUGUUACCACGCCAAUAUGGAGGCUACUGCGAAGAGUAAAGUUCAUAAGGACUGGACUUUAAACAAAAUAAAGGUUGUCGUGGCAACGGUGGCAUUUGGCAUGGGCAUCGACAAAGCCGAUGUACGAUUUGUGCUUCAUCAGACUCUCAGUAAAUCCAUGGAGAAUUACUACCAGGAGAGUGGGCGGGCAGGUCGAGAUGACCUAAAAGCCGAUUGCAUUCUGUACUUUGGGUUUAUGGAUAUCUUCAGGCAAAGCACGAUGGUGGUCAUGGAGAACGUAGGACUGCAGAAAGUUUAUGAGAUGGUGGCAUACUGUCAGGAUUCAAGAAGAUGUCGACGUGUGCAGAUAGCACAAUAUUUUGAUGAAGUCUGGGAUACAACAAAGUGCAACAAGAUGUGUGAUAACUGCAACAAUGCAACAUCAAAUACAAAGGUCAAUGUGACCAGUUACUGUGUUGAUCUGAUCAAAAUACUAAAACAAGCUGAGCAACUUGGUGAAAAGCUCACCCCACUGAAGUUAAUUGAAGCCUGGAAUGGGAAGGGUCCCUCUAAACUGAGGGUGGCUUCUGUAAGCCCUCCAGAUCUUUCCAGAAAUGAAAUGGAAGAAUUAAUUGUCCAUCUUCUUCUAGAACAAUACUUGAAAGAAGAUUUCAGCUUUACUGCAUUCGCCACAAUUUCGUACCUGAAGGAGGCACCCAAGGCUAACCUGCUGAGCAAUAAGAAGCAUGUCAUUUCCAUUCCUAUGCGAUUGAGAAAUAACGAGUUAGAUCCUUCUACUGAAGAAGUACCUGAAAAAGUCAAAAGCAUUCAGCAGGAAGAGACUGGGAAUAAGCGUAAACAGACUUCCACUGCAGGCAAAGUAACCUCCAACAAGAAAAGCAAGGUGCCAGAGGAUACACCACUCAUCCUGGAUUGAUUCGCCUCCACUAGAACAGGAGAGAUUGUCCCACUUCUGGAUUAAUCCAUCUCAGUUAUGGAACAGAGUGUGAGGAGAAGAGCGAUGCUAAAGAAGAUUAGAAAGCUUUCAGCAAAAGCAAGCUUGCCAAGAAGUCCUCAGCUGGAAAAAUAAAUGUUCAGAAGAGCCUAAAAUGCUGCAUAAGUAUGAUUAGUGAUCAUAAAUGUCAUUACAUGACAGUGCACCAGCUAAUGAUUCAGAACUCGGUGAAAAAACAAACAAGUCCACAAAACCUGAAGGAAGGCUAGUUGUCUGCGGUGUUCUGCAAUAUACAUAUUGUGAUCAUUGAAGCAUUCUAGACAUGUGGGAUAUUUUUUAAAGUCAUCCAUUCUUGCAAUAAUUGAGACCAACAAUAAGAUGGUGAAAACUGAUUGGACUGCUUUAAUAGAAAGCCAACACCUAAUAACGUGAAAGCCAUGUGGUAGAGGACCAGUAGAAAAGAUUACUCCCUUUUAGGAGGACAACUAGGAACUUGAACAAGUCGGUUUGAGGAAAUAAAUGCAUAAAAUUUCAAGCAAAAUGGAAGACAGCUAAUGGAAAAGGAGUCUUACCAAAAAAAAAGCUUAGCUUAAUGCUUACUAAAUGGACACUCAUGCUAUUUUCCACUCAUCAAUGUAAUGCUUUUUCACCCAGGCGAAUAUAAAGAUUUCACCUGAACGAUAAAUCUGUAUAACCUCUUGUGAACGCAUGACAAUAUAGUUUGCAACAAUGACAAAACCAACCAGAAUUAAUUUUUUGCAUUUUUUUGUAAAUAAAUGCCACAAAAUGUU